CACAUCGCUGCAAGUAUGCGUUAAUGAAUGCCCAAAAGAAAACUAUGCCAUCGAAGCUCGAUACUCAAAAAUAUUAGAUGAUCCAAACGUCGAUGUUAAUUCCAUCGAUUGGAAUGAUUUCAUUUGUAUCUAUGGAUUAAAUACAAAGAUGAAGUAAAUAAUUUUGAUGCCACCAUAAAGGACCCUUUGGAUGACAAUAAAUGUGCAAACUUUUACACAAAAAGUGAUGUGUUUACCAGUCGCUGUUAUCCCAAAUUCUUGGUUUCUGACACGUUAUCAGAAAACAACACCACACCGAAUAACCGAAAAAUAACCGAAGAAGAUCGCGCUGUCGCAUAUGACCUGCUAAACUUUCUUCAAAGCUAUGAAUGUUUUAAUACUACAGUCGAGGAAUUCAUAGAAACAUGUCCGUAUAUGGUGGCUGGUAUAACGAUAUCAAUGUUCGCUUCCCUGCUUUACAUAGUUUUAUUGCGCUGGAUUGCAGCCAUUAUGGUGUGGAGUAGCAUGGUAUUGGUGUAUGCACUUUUAGGGUACGGAACCUACUUCUGUUGGAAUGAACGGAACUGCAUAAAAAAUCGUGAACCUGAUUGUACUUCAGAUAGAUCUUCAUUGGAUUAUAAAGAACUUGCGAGCUACGUCAAAAUGGAGAGAACCUGGUAUAUAUCAGCUAUUGUAAUGCGUACAAUCUUAGCAAUUCUCACCCUAGUUGUGUUAUUACUAAUCAGUUUCAUCAAUAUUUUUUCUCUCUUCUGGCCUAUCAUCCCUUUCAUCAUGCAGCUAGCCUUUCUAACAUUUUGGGCAUUUAGCGUAAUCUUCAUAGCAUCCAUUGUGGAACCACCAUACCAGAUAGUUAACUCGGAUUCAACCGACGAGUAUACAGACGGUGCAAGUUGUAAGCCCACUGUUUCACUCAAUGGAACAGCUGAAUGUGUUCUGAUAGGUUAUAACAUCGUCCCAAACUACAUCUACUGGUUGGAAGCAUACAACCUAGUGGCCCUAUUUUGGAUUUUGAACUUCAUAAGUGCUCUUGGGGAAAUUACUCUAGCGGGAGCAUUUGUAAGUUUCUUUUGGGCAUUUACUAAACCAGAUGACAUCAAACACCUACCUCUGCUUCGAUCAUUUUGGAAAAGCAUUCGUUAUCAUAUUGGAUCAAUCGCCGUCGGCUCCCUGAUCAUAACCAUCAUCAAACUGAUUCGUUUUACCAUACAAUAUGUUGAACACAAAGUUCUGCGGAACCCUAGUGGGGGAAUUUACAGCUUGCUGUACUAUUGGGCAUUAACAAUAACACCUACAUGA